GUCAGCCUGACCUGUGUUCCACCCUCUCCCUCUUCGUCUCCGUCUCCCCGUACAGAACCUCCACCCGCGCCCGUCCUUGAUCCCGCCGGCCGUCGGCUCCGAAACUCGCCGCCGCUCCCCUUGUGGCUCGUCGCUCUUCUCCCGUCUCAUCUCCAUUGCCGCUCAGGACCCUCUCCCUUCAUCUCCCCGCCGUCGGCAAGCCUGAGCAGGCUCCCUCCACGCCGUACCACACGGUCCCCUCCCUUGCUUUCAGCGCCGGACCCAGCCGUCGUGGAGCCCGAUUUACCUCCCUAAGGAUGAGAUCUGACUGAUACAUUCGUGUAUCGUGCGUUCCGUUCCAUCUCGUUCCUCACCGUCCAGUCCGGGAUCCGUGCGCGCGUUACUCGCCGUUGAAGCCAGGAAUCGCACCGGGGAGCGAGGGACGGAUUGAGCUGCAACGCAAGUGGUGGAAAAAUUGUCAAGUUAGAGAUAUUGGUCUGAUACUCUUAUGAGAUGUCACUGAAAAUUCCACUUCCGCAAGGGCUUUCCUUCUUAAGGAGUGUUGGAUGGUUAGAAGAUCGGAAGGUUGAUUCAGCUGCCAAGCAGCAGUUAUCCCCAACAUUGAAGCUCCAGACAGAUAAGGAGGUGUACAGACCCGGUGAUUCAGUCACUGUGACUAUAGAAAUCCACAGCCCAGCUAGUUUGAAGGACGAUGCUGGGCAGACGGUGUCGGGCGAAGAUGCCUCCUCGCUGUUGUUAGAUGUGCUUUCCUUCGAACUUAAAGGGAUUGAGAAGCUGGAUAGCCAAUGGUUCUCUGUUCCAAAGCCCUUACCAGGGUCUAAACAAAGGCGAGGUGAACAUACGUUACUGGAUUGUUCGGCGCCGUCACUGGUCUCUAAAGUUAUAAUUGCUUCAGGACAAACAAAAACGUACAUUGUGCGCGUGGAGCUCCCAAAGAUUUUACCGCCAUCUUAUAGGGGUAUCAGUAUCCGCUAUUUUUAUUAUGUUAGGAGUGCAUUAUUUGGAAGGUCGGUUGUACUGGGUAAUGGAGACCAAAAUAAAAAUCCUGUGAAUACUUCAAUUCAAUUGGAAGCUCGAGUCCCAUUGCAGAUACGUGUUUCCCAGAAAAGCAGCAACCUACUAAAUGAAGAAGGGACUUGGCCAAUCACAGGUGAUCAACUGGGCAUAUUUUGGAGGGAGAAAGAUGAAGAUUCAGAAUGGGUCAAAGCAAAUGAUAAUGCUGAUCUAGAAGAAGGGUAUGAUAGUUCAAAAGAUGAAGUUUCAUCUGUUUCCUCAUACAAUCCUUCCAAAGCAAAUCCUGAAUUCUCCCUGAGGAACUCGUUGUCAAUGCAAUCCCUGUCCUCACGCCUCUCCACAAGUGAGCCGUUUUAUAGUCAAGCAGAACAACCCAAUUUCCCAUCUUACAGUCCAAUUCCUCGAUUGUCAGUGUCAGAGAUUUCAGAUGAUCAUGACGGAGGUUUAGUGUCACCUCAAAGGAAGCUAAAUCUUUUGCUACCAGAUCAUCCACCAAAUGGGCAAAGGUUUUCUCCUGAUUCUGAUCGCUUAAAAGAUGAUGUUGGACUACCCCUUACGCCGAAAAAUGUUGAUCCAGCUGGAUCUGAAGGUUUUACCAGAGGAAGAUCUUAUAAUAUAAGAAUUGAUGACCAAGUCUUGCUUCGUUUUUCACCUAAGAAUUCGGACUCAACUUAUUACUUUGGUGAUAUGAUUGGUGGAGCACUUACCUUUUUUCAUGGAACUGGAAAGCGGAGGUGCCGUGAGGUAUCAAUAACCCUGGAAACAUCAGAAACAAUUAAUCCCCGUGCAUUACAUCCUUCAAGAAGGGGUUCGCCGACAAUAACCAAGCUGCACAGUGAGCAUCAUGAGGUUGUUGCGGAUCUUCAUCAGACCAGCUUUCUCUUUUCCAUUCCCAUUGAUGGUCCUAUGUCAUUUUCUACCUCAAAAGUAACUCUACAGUGGUCUCUUCGAUUUGAGUUCUUCACAACUCCUGAAGGAACGGACCCAACUAGGUACGAGCACCCACUCCUUGUUGAGAAAAGAGAAAAGGGUGAAUGGGUCCUUCCAAUAACUGUUUACGCACCUCCAUUGCGUAGACGACCUACUCAUGGGAGAAAUGAUAGAUCUGUCCUACCUGGAAACAUCUUCAAGUCUUGAAGUGCGUUGUUGCUAACGACACCUGAUUUUUCGUCUUUGCUUGCCGAAGUAUAGUUCCUUUCAGCUUGAAGGAAUGCCAGAUUAUUCUGACUGCCACAAUAACAUCAAAAGUUCCUCAGUCAGUUGUUCGAGGAUGUGCAAUGUGGUGCCUAUUUGUACAAAAGCACUUCAGAAAUAGAGAACAAAUGGAGCGGUGAGACUUGUCGAUGAGUUGCAAUGUUUUGCAUCAAGUGGACUGCAUUUGUUUCCUGGAUUUCAGCUCAUCACCUGAGAGCAAGCAUGAGCAUUUAGUACUUAAUUUACUUAGCACAACAUCAAUACCACAAGAUACUGAUCAUGAGUGCACCACAAAUAUACCUGGUACACAAGCGGUGCACAUCUACGCUCAUCCGUUCUAGAGCUGUGUCAGGACUCAGGGAUUAACCUGGUUUGCCAGACACUCAGACUUCGUUUUCCAGGGUUUUUUUUUUUAUUGUCACCAUGUUUUCAAUCAAGUCCCGUAGUCUCAAAGGAAGAACAAGAUGUAACUUUGAUAGAUGAUCUCAUUGGGGAUGCCCAUAUGCUAUUACAUCCUUAUAAGAUAAUACACAUGAUAUAUUUUGCCUGUAAUUUUUUUAGCAAACCAAAUAUUGUACAGUGGUUAUUCCGUGCAAUUGUAACUUGUUUCUUGAGGCUGU